CCGAGUUUUGUUCUUGAUCUUUCCACAUGAUGCCACAUGUAUCGCUGGAGUCUUCACCUUCCUGGCCGCGCAGAAAAGAAAGCCGCUCGCCAUGGACGGGGGCAGCGUGACCGUCAAGGAGGAGCAGUUUGUCCGUUUGGAGGUAGAGAGCUGCUACGAGAUGUUCCUCGAGGUGGUUUGGCGCCAAGGCGGCGGUUUGGGUGCUCCGCGGAUUGUGGAGGAGGGCGAGCCCAGUGGUCGACACUGCGCGCGACGUGUGGGGCUUUGCAUUGUGGAGCGGAUUCAGGAGGCAGAGAGAGGGAAGUUCAUUGAAUAUACCAUUGACAAGGGGCCUUGGCCUACAAGCUACAACCGCGCUCGUGUGAGCUUUGAGGCGUUGGAUGGGGGUACGUUGGUCACGUGGAGGUCGAACUUCACGCCCUUCUUUGGCUGUUGGUGGCUCUCGUCUGUGGUGGGCCUCGCUUUCCGGACCAUGCUUGGCACCCUAGCGGCUGCUGCUGUAAGCUCCGCACGGUGA